AAGUGAGUUUGACAAACUCCAGAAGGAGAACUCACAGAUGAAGAGCGUCAUCGAAAACCUGAGGAAGCAAAACAUGGCUUUAAACCAACAGGAUGACCAGGACAAGUUUUCAAGUUUUGGCUAUCAGGAGAGCUACCCAAUCCCAGAGGGCCAUCGUGGCUUCAUCAGUGAUGCCAGACUUCUGCAGAUGCAGAGAGCUGAGAGAGAGGCCAUGGAAGCAAAGCAAAGAAAGAUAAGUGCUAUCCAUGAGAAUUAUGUCCGGACUGCUCUCAUCGGGGUUGGCAGCACCUUCGCGCACCACUUCGUCCCCUCUAUUCAGUGCAUUCCACGGCCGAAAGCUCCACCGAGGCCUUUGCCACGAAGGCUUGAACACAUAGCUCUGGCCCCACUGAAGAAUGUGGUGGGGGUGGACGGAGCCCAAGUUCGACCCGGAUCUCACUCUCUGGAGUCCAUCCAGGUAAAUAAGUCAUUCAGCAGCAGUAGCGUGUGGCCUGUUCCCGUCCCUCCCACUGGAGCUCCCUCCAAGAGGGGCAAGAAGAAGAAGGGCAGGCGGGGAGUCAAAGCCCUGAAAGUCCAGUCGGACCAGGGCUGUGCUGACAACAACGGACCCAUUGACCUGAUGGAGGAGGUGAGGGACAUCGAGCCUCACCUGAAGGAGGAGGCCUGGAAGGUGGUACAUGAGGUGAAGGCCAUGGGCAGGAGAAGUUUGGGCUCGGCCAUGUCCACGGGGGAAAUAGCCACCAGCUCUCUGGGAAGCCUGAGCUCAGUGGAUAUGAACACCCCUGCGGAGCUCCGUGACUACUUGGAUGUUGGGACCCCGGUCAAGUCGCUUGACAGCCCACCCAGGCCUGCUCCCCCUCCUACCAAGCCCAGGAGCAAACAGCCUCGGCCUAUAAGGUUCCUUAGCCUGCCAAAGGCUGCCACCGGCUCAGGUCAGUCCCUCUCAUGUACUCACACUAAUGUAAAUUAGACAGGGAGGUGAAGC